AUGAAAUCAAUUAUACUCAAGAAUAAAUGAGUGCAACAAAACUAUCAGUUAAAAAUGCGUAUCCGCAAGUUUUGGUGUAUAAUUUUAUUAGUGUUGUUGUGCUGCAAUAGUGUUUUAAAUAAUGAAAUUAGACGAACACAGAGGAAAUCUGCCUCAGAACUCGAAGUUGCGAAAGACUCAGACAACAGACUUUUGCUGUUUGCCACUCUUGAAGGCAAUUUAGUUGCCAUUGACAAAACCAGUGGAGAAAUUAAAUGGAAAAUUAAAGACAAGCCAAUAGUGCAAGUGCCCACAAACAUUCAGGAUGCUAUCAUUCCUAUGUUUCUGCCUGAUCCCAGAGAUGGAUCUUUGUAUCUUGUGGGUGACAGCAGGGAACCACUCAAAAAAUUGCCAUUUUCAAUCCCAACUUUGGUGGCCUCUUCACCAUGCCGAAGUUCAGAUGGAAUUUUAUACACAGGUAAGAAGAAAGAUACAUGGUACAAAUUGGAUCCGAAAAACGGUAACAAAGAGCCUGUAAUUGGUUGGGACACCCCAAAUCCUACUUGCCCUGUUACAACAAGCAAAUUCAUCUAUAUUGGUAGGACAAAAUACACUAUAGCAAUGGUUGACAGCAGAAAUUCUAAAAGAAAGUGGAACGUUACAUAUUAUGAUUACACCGCUGCGCAGAUGGACAAAACCGAAGCAAAUAAUUACAAUUUGGUACAUUUUGCAUCGAGUUCCGGCGGUAGACUCAUAACGAUGGAUCGAAAAACGGGUCACAUUCUCUGGGACGGCGAUCUAGGCAGUCCUGUUGUUGCCUCGUACGUUUUAGACCCUGAGGGUUUGAUUUCAGUUCCGUUUACCAGUUUAGCUAAUCACACUAUAACCUAUUUAGGCAAUGAACUGCUAACCAGCGAAGGAAGGCAAAGUAAAACGCAACAUAUGAAACUAUACCCAACAUUGUAUGUUGGAAGCCAUAUGUACGGUUUAUAUGCAAUACCGUCAUUGGUCGAUUCGAACGUGGUCACAAUUACUGCGACGGGACCGGACGGACCACUUUUAUUGGGUGGCCCCCACGCACCUGAAGAACCGCAACCUUAUCCCGAUUAUGUGAUACCAGGCAGAAACUAUAAAAUAACAAGAGACUUGUACGACGAGAACUUUCAAAGUUUAACGAUCACAAGCAAUUUCAAAAACCAUAUUAUCGUAUACACCGGUCACUAUAACCGUCCGGAGUUCAGCAGUAAAAAAUUCAUGAUACCUGGCCGUUACGACGCUCCCAAUUUAAUAACGGACGCGAGUGUUGAAGGCUUUAUUGGUCCUAAGAACAGGCCGGUCAGUAAACAAACGCAAACUGACAAGGUGUACGAAACACAGAGCGUCAAGCCUCAAAAAGCCAACUUCUUUAGGUCGGUAAAUCAAACGUACGCUGAUGUGAAACACUGGGUCAACCAACAGGAUAACAAGGGAUUGAAACUCACGCUUAUAAUAUUAUCGGGUUGCGUGGUCGCCAUGUUCUGGUAUCUACAGAUGCAGGUUCGCGUCAUCCAGAACCAGUCGCAAAACGGGUCCCGAAGCAGUCAACUGCCUGGAUCGGUCGGAAAGAAUGGACAGAUUACGGCUGUGGCUGAGGAACUGCCUGAUGGUCACGUGAAGGUCGGCAAGAUCACUUUCAAUCCCGAACAACUGUUGGGCAAAGGAUGUGAAGGAACUUUUGUUUACAGGGGUGAGUUUGAUAGUCGCAGAGUAGCGGUGAAAAGGCUGCUGCCGGAAUGUUUCACGUUCGCGGAUCGAGAAGUGGCACUUCUGCGCGAAAGCGACGCCCAUCCCAAUGUGAUUCGUUACUAUUGCAUGGAACAGGACAGGAUGUUUCGAUAUAUCGCUUUGGAACUGUGCCAAGCGACUUUGUCUGAGUAUGUCCAAGGUUUAUGCGACACCUCUCUGAUUGAGCCACUCGACAUUCUUCAACAAGCAACGUCGGGACUGGCGCACCUUCACUCACUGGAUAUUGUGCACAGAGAUAUUAAACCGCACAACGUGUUAUUAUCUGUGCCAAACAGUCGCGGUGAAAUGAAAGCCAUGAUUUCAGACUUUGGUCUGUGCAAGAAGCUGCAAGUAGGAAGAGUUUCAUUCUCAAGGCGAUCCGGUGUGACCGGAACCGAUGGCUGGAUCGCGCCUGAAAUGUUAUUGGGCAACGAACGAACGACAUGCGCCGUAGAUAUGUUUUCCUUAGGCUGCCUCUUUUAUUACGUACUGUCGAAGGGGGGUCAUCCUUUCGGUGACGCUCUGCGUCGCCAGGCGAACAUACUUUCCGGUGAUUGUAACUUAGACGACCUGAAAGGUCCACAAUAUCUACAACAAGUACAAAUUCCACUCAUAUCAGCCCUGAUCAGUUCUAAACCAGAAACGCGACCUGGCUGCAAGGCAGUUCUGGCCCAUCCUAUGUUCUGGAAGCGUUCGAAAAUUUUGGCGUUCUUUCAGGAUGUCAGUGACAGAGUCGAAAAGUCGGAGGCCGACGAUCAGGUACUUUUGGAGUUGGAACGGAACGGCGAACCGGUCGUACGUGGCGAUUGGAGAGCUCACAUCCACGAAGAAGUUGCCAAAGAUCUCAGGAAGUAUCGGACGUACCGAGGCGAAUCCGUGAGAGAUUUACUUAGAGCGCUCAGAAAUAAGAAACAUCACUUCAGAGAGUUAACCAAAGAAGCUCAAGAAACUCUGGGUGAAAUUCCAGACGGCUUCGUUCAAUAUUGGACGAGCAGGUUUCCGUUGUUGUUGGUGCACGCCUGGAUCUCGAUGCAGAUGUGUUCGCACGAAAAGACGUUCCUCAAUUACUAUCACCAAAGUCAUACCUACAGUUUGGACGAUUAUAAACGGCAAAUUUAUAGGUUCGCCGAAAAUUAUCCGACUGUAAUUCCUCAAGACAAAGACCUUAGCCAUUUCGAUAAGAAAAAAGAAACUGAAACCGAAGUUGUACAAAGAAGAAAUCCUGGUAAAUACCAAAGGAUAUCAUUCGCGGAUCAAAAUUUGAAUUGGAGAGCUGAAUCGAGACGUAACUCUGUUUACAAAACUGUGGAUCUAGACGAUAUUAAUUUCACUUUAGACGGUUACAAGCCUCAGAAUAAGAAGAACGACACGUUAAACUUUCGUAGAGGUGCAAAAAAAAAGAAAAAAAGUGAUGAACCAUUAACAUGGGCGACGAGAGAUAUCAAAGAGUAACGUGUGGAUCAAUUUCACGAGACUUUCAAGUAUUAAGCUGUGAUAAUUGUUAUUAAGUUUUGUUAAAUAAAUUGUGAAUUUUAUUUUAAGCUUCAAAGAUUUAUUAUUGGAUGACUUUUGUGUUGUUUUUGGGUGUACGAAAUGUGUAAAUAUGUUUUUAAUAUAUAUUUAAUAAUU